AUGGCCAUCAUGGACUUAGAAAUUGAGAAUGAGAGGUACCUUGUUAUGGACAGGCUUGGACAAGGCACCCACGGCUCUGUCUUCCGUAUAGUUAAGGAUAAUACUGAGGAGCAGAUCGCCUUAAAGAUCAUGCAGACCAAAACUCAAGAAAUCGAGGUGCUGAAGAAGCUGCAGAGUGAAAGUGGAUUCCCAAAAAUUGUGACCACCUUCAACGAGAAUGAGCUUCAAUGAGUUGCAAUGACUUUGUGUGGGCUUACUCUUAAAGAUUUGAAAAAGAUAAAUGGGAACUCCCUUGGGCUCAACUCUAUCUUGAACAUAAUGUAUCAGUGUGUUGACUUAAUCCAGAAAGUUCAUAAUAAAGGAUAUAUCCACUGAGAUCUGAAGCCUGAGAACCUGAUGAUCGGUUGCAAAGAUGAUUACAAAACUGUUUACUUGAUAGAUUUUUCACUUUCUGAGAAAUUCACUGAUGAAAAUGACGAACCCCUAGAAGAGCCAGCUCACUCUAUUUUCAAGGGAUCGAUCUCAUUUUGCUCGAUAAGGGUUCUGAAGGGUGGAUAUCCCACUUUAGCUGAUGAUAUAGAGAGUCUUUUGUACUCCGUAAUGUACUUACUAAAAGCUCUCCCUUGGCUUCCAUCAGAAGAUAUGGAGUUUGAAGAUUCAAAAGCUAAGAAAGACUAUGUUAUUAACAAAAAGAAAAAAUUGGAGCCAAAGGAAAUUUUCUUAGGCUAUCCAAGUGUGUUCUAUAAAAUCUACAACGAGAUCAGAUACCUAAAUUACUCUGAAUCUCCAGAUUAUGACCGUAUCAAAGAGAUUAUAGUAGAAAGCUUUACUAAAAAUUUCCCAAAGAAACAAUUUGGGGUCUGGAGGCCCAUCACAAAAUACGAGGAAGGAAAGAUCCCAGAGUACAUGAUCAGUGAGUCAUUCAUCGACCGUGAUAUUAAAGAGGAACAAAAAUUCGACUCCUUCUUCGUAGAUAGCUUUACUAAUUUUAAAUCAUUUGAAUUGAACGAAAAAAAUGAUGAUGAAGAGUCUAAAGAUUCACCAACUAAGGUACAGAAACAUGUAUGAAAAUUUGAAAUCAAGGACAAGAAGCCAGAGAAAUUUGGGCUCCUCAGAUCAAUAGUCAAAGCUGGCAAAUAAACCAUGAGAAUUAGAGAAGAAAAAUAACAAAAUUAGGGAGUAUGAGCCAAAUAGAAAUGAUCUUUCGUAUGUAUCUAAACAUUCAGCAGAAGUAUCUAAAGAAGCUAGUACAACUAGGAAGAGAUGAAAAGUGCGAUAUGCUGAUCCAAAUAUCUUCCAGAAGAAGAAAAAUAGUUUCGCGAAGAGAGACCGAGUCUUGACUACCCAAAUUGAGCCAAAGCAAAAGGUUCAUCGGAGUAGAAAUAACCAAAUUGGACACAGCAACAGCAAUACUUUAAUGAAAGCAAUCCAGAAGACUUUUAAUAAGAACGACAAUAAUGGGUCAAGUAGCUAUAACAACUCUACAAUGCCAAAUAAGACUUUGAACUAUCGUUUCCAUACCUAUCAGUAAUCCUAAUUUCUCAAAAUACAAUCUUGGCUGAAUAAAA